GUAGCGAACGCCCACUUUUCUUUUUCCGGCAUUACAAUCAAUUCAACUGUGCAGUCGAAUGUAUAGCUAAUUACACACUGGCCAAGUGUGGAUGCGUUAAGUUUUCCAUGCCUCGAUUGAAUGAUACAAAAAUUUGCGAUGCCAGCAAAAUUGACUGCUAUCGUUAUUCGUUCGUAGAGCUAUAUGAACUAGCGGUAAGGGCUGGAAUAACCGGUAAAAAGAUUAAAACAUGCCUUUGCCUACCGUCAUGCACCUCUGUCGACUAUCAAGUGGGAUUGAGUCAAGUUCCCAUCAACGAUUUUCCUUUGAAGCUGGAUUUCAUGCGUGAAAAUGUAGAUCGCGGAAUGAUGUUUAUUAUGUUAAAAGAGCGCCACUACUUCCAGCUGUGGCGGAGGGAAUUCGUUGGGCCUUACCAAGCCAUAGCUCAACUCGGAGGAUUGUUUACACUUUUGAUGGGAUCUAGUAUGUUGAGUUUCGCUGAAGUUGUGUAUUACUGUUGUGUCCGGCGGUUAAGGAGGGAACGACCAAGGCACACGAUGCAACCCAGAGUGAAUCGUGAACGAAGUCGGGGUCACCGGAUCCGUCUACGGGUUGAUCCAUGGGCAAAGCGAGAUCACCUACGUUGGGGCAGACUAGGUACUUAA